UUCACACGUUAAUUUCUCUGCAUGUUGGGCCUACAUGUAAUGUGAUGUAUUUCUAUGAAUUUCUCCAAGGUAACAACCUAAGAAGCUGCACAAAACAAUGUCGCCCAGAAAAGUUGUUCUCCUCAUCACUUUUCUGAUGUUCCAAUCCUCAUCAGAAGAAGCUUCUGAAUCAUGGUUCAAAAUCGGUUACUGGUACAGCGGCAGCAACUCUGCAGUAUCCGAUAUAAACUCUGCGCUCUACACUCAUCUCAUAUGCGCCUUCGCACAAGUCAACACUUCCACCUUCCAAAUCUCCCUCCCCUCAACCAACCACCAACCCUUCUCCACUUUCACACACACCGUCAAACUCAAAAACCCUUCCAUCACCACUCUCCUCUCCACCGGCGGCGACCAAAACACCGCCGCCAUCCGAUCCAUGCUCUCCAACGCCUCUUCCAGGAAACCCUUCAUCCAAUCUUCCAUCACAAUGGCCAGACUCUACGCCUUUCAGGGCCUCGACCUUUCCUGGUCCACCAUCCAAACAUCCUCUGACGCAGACAACCUCGGACACUUUUUCCAAGAAUGGCGGCUUGCGGCAAAAUCUGAAGCCCAAGCUAAUAACUCUUCACUCCCAGAACUGAUCCUAACUGCUGCAGUUCAAGCUUCACCAGAUUUGAAUAAAGGGUCCUACCCAGUGGACUCGAUCAGAAGUAACCUCAACUGGGUACAUGUUAAUACCUACUCCUACCGUACACCCAUGUCGCAGAACUUCACUGCUGCACCUUCAGCUCUGUAUGACCCUCAUGAUGUUACUCACAUCAACACGGACUACUAUAUCAGGGCUUGGAUUGGGAAGGGUUUAGAUGCGAAGAAGUUGAUUUUGGGUUUGGCUUUCUUCGGGUGUGCAUGGAAACUCCAAAAUCAUGAUAGCAACACAAUAGGAGCAGUUGCAACUGGUCCGGCAGAUGAUACCGACCAAGGGUUCAUAAGCUACAGGGACAUUAAAGAUAAGGUUCGGGAAAAUGGGGUUGCAGUACAUUACAAUGAGAGUUAUGUUACAAAUUACUGCAUGUUUGGAUCGACAUGGAUUGGCUAUGACGAUGUUGAGGCUGUUGAGAGGAAGGUGUUGUAUGCCCGAGAUAUGGGGUUGCUUGGUUACUAUGUUUGGCAAAUUUCCCAAGAUGACCACAAUUCCACACUCGCUCGCGCAGCAGCUGAACAGGUUAAAGACGGCAAAGAGGAGCAAUGGAAAUUGUUAGUGAUAAUUUUGAGCGUAACUGCUACCGUUAUUCUCAUGUUAGGUAUCUCAUUCUACUUUCAAAAGAAGAGAAUAUUCAGAAGAACUGGGACAAUGCUGAAUGCUGCAAAAGGUUGUUGGACUAAAACCUUGAAUAACAAAGAAGCUGCAGAACCUUUUCAUGGGAAUACUCCAGAUUUACAUGGCUAUAGAUUUUCUGACAUUAAAGCGGCUACAUGUGACUUUUCACCUCAAAAUAAGAUAGGACAAGGUGGUUAUGGUCCUGUUUACAAGGGCAUCCUACCUGAUGAUGAAGAAAUAGCUGUGAAAAAAUUAUCAAAAGCUUCCACACAAGGAUUCCAGGAAUUCAAAAAUGAGGUAACACUAACGGCAAAGCUACAACAUGUGAAUCUUGUUCGGUUGUUAGGUUUCUGCGUUGAACGAGGGGAGCAGAUGCUGGUGUAUGAGUACAUGCCUAAUAAGAGCUUGGACUUCUACCUUUUUGAUGCUAUGAGACGACAUUUGUUGGAUUGGAAUAAGCGCGUUGAUAUCAUCGAGGGAGUUACGCAAGGUCUUCUUUAUCUUCAAGAAUAUUCGAGAUUCACCAUAAUUCACAGAGACAUAAAAGCUAGCAAUGUUUUGUUAGACGCAGAGAUGAAGCCAAAGAUUUCAGACUUUGGGAUGGCAAGAAUAUUCAUAAAAAAUGAACAGGAGGCCAACACAAACAAGAUUGUGGGAACAUAUGGUUAUGUUCCUCCCGAAUACGUAAGAGAAGGUGUGUACUCAACCAAAUCUGAUGUGUAUAGUUUUGGGGUGCUACUUCUACAAAUUAUAAGUGGCAAGAAGACACAUGGUUUUUACGGAGAGAAGGAAGAUUUAAAGCUCUUGGAGUAUGCAUAUGAAUUAUGGAAAGAAGGAAAGGGUAUGGAGGUGAUGGAUGAUUCAUUGGAUGAUAGAAAUUCAGAGUGUAAACUAGUGAGAUGCAUGGAAAUCGCUUUGUUAUGUGUCCAAGAACAUGCAAGUGAUAGGCCUUCAAUGCUACAAGUUUGUGCAAUGUUGAGAAACCAAGAUAAAUCUCAUGCCAUCCCCAAAAAACCAGCAUUUUCAAGAGUGGAAGACAAGGACGAUGUGAAUGAGUGUCAAACGUUGCAAAAUGUUUCAGUCGACGAUGGAACCAUCACUCAAAUUGUUGGCAGAUAGCAUCAUUCUUCAUAACAUAAAAUUCAGAUGUGUUCUGAACUCAUAACAACCACACUCUUUUCUAGUAAAAAGAUGUUGCUUUCACAAUAGUUAAACUCUGUUAUAUGAAUGAUUUACAUUUUAUGUUUAUUUAUUUUUAAAUAAAUGGUAGAAGCAACAUUCUAGCACUACCAUU